AUGCAAAAGGAUACUACUAGUAGUAGUUCUCCGUCAACUAACACCGGACGAAUUAGGCACCGGAAACGCUCUAAUGAGGUUAUUCCAGAAGUUAGUAAAUCAAAUGGGGCUCAGUUACUUGUUAAUGACAAAAGCAAAUACAAGUCUAUGUUGAUUCGUGCAUAUUCAUCCGUUUGGAUGAUUGGAAGUUUUGUGUUGAUCAUCUAUAUGGGUCAUCUCUACAUUACUGCUAUGAUUGUGGUCAUUCAAAUCUUCAUGGCAAGAGAACUUUUCAAUCUACUCCGCCGAGCUCAUGAAGAUAAGCAGCUUCCAGGAUUUAGGCUAUUAAAUUGGCAUUUUUUCUUCACUGCAAUGCUAUUUGUUUAUGGACGUAUUCUGAGUCAGCGCCUGGUUAACACAGUAAAUUCCGACAAGGUUUUAUAUCGGCUUGUGAGCAGUCUUAUAAAGUAUCAUAUGGUUGUCUGCUAUUCCCUGUAUAUUACAGGAUUCAUAUGGUUCAUUCUCACAUUGAAGAAGAAGAUGUACAAGUACCAGUUUGGCCAGUAUGCUUGGACACAUAUGAUUCUGAUUGUUGUAUUUGGGCAGUCCUCUUUCACCGUGCCAAGCAUUUUUGAAGGGAUUUUCUGGUUUCUUCUUCCUGCAACUCUUAUUGUCAUUAAUGACAUUGCUGCUUAUUUCUUUGGUUUCUUCUUUGGAAAAACCCCUUUGAUUAAGUUGUCACCAAAGAAAACCUGGGAGGGUUUUAUCGGGGCAUCUGUUACAACCAUCAUAUCUGCAUUCAUGCUUGCCAACAUCAUGGGUCGUUCUCCGUGGUUUACAUGUCCUAGGAAGGACCUAUCAACUGGUUGGCUUGACUGUGAUCCUGGCCUACUGUUUAAGCCAGAAUCUUACUCUUUGUUAGGAUGGACUCCUCACUGGUUUCCUUGGAAAGAGAUAUCAAUCCUACCAGUUCAAUGGCAUGCUUUAUGUCUUGGCUUGUUUGCUUCAAUUAUCGCACCUUUCGGAGGCUUCUUUGCAAGUGGUUUCAAAAGGGCUUUUAAAAUAAAGGAUUUUGGUGAUAGUAUUCCAGGACACGGUGGAAUUACCGACAGAAUGGACUGCCAGAUGGUUAUGGCCGUGUUUGCGUAUAUAUAUCAUCAGUCCUUUGUUGUGCCACAAAGUUUAUCGGUUGAAAUGAUUUUGGACCAGAUAUUGAUGAACCUAUCAUUCGAUGAACAAGAAGCUCUGUAUAGGAGGCUUGGAGAAAUGUUGCAACAAGGAAUUGAAAGGAUGUCUUAG